GGCUCGCCUUCAAAUCCAGGCGGUCGGCUGAGUGGCUGACGGCAAUUCUAAUGGUGGCCUAACUACGAAAGGAAUUCUUUGUCUUAGCUGAGGGUAUUCGCGUCAAAUAGAAAGUAUCUUUCCUUCUCUUUCUGGGAUCGGCUCAUUGUUUCGCGGGGACGGGGACGCAGGCGGAGGCGGAGGCGAGCAACAAUGGUGUGCGAGAAGUGUGAGAAGAAGCUGACCAAAGUGAUAGUGCCAGACAAGUGGAAAGAAGGAGCUAGCAACACAAAUGAAAGUGGAGGCCGUAAGAUCAAUGAGAACAAGCUCCUUUCCAAGAAGAAUAGAUGGACUCCUUAUGGAAAUGCCAAGUGCCUCAUCUGCAAGCAGCAAGUACACCAAGAUGCCAAGUACUGUCACACCUGUGCUUACACCAAAGGUGUAUGUGCAAUGUGCGGAAAGCAAGUUCUGGACACCAAGCUUUACAAACAAAGUAAUGUAUAAUACUAGUGAGAUGUGCAGGUUUUCAUUCUUUGGCACUCCUCUCUUUGCUUCUUGACAUCUAGAAAAUAUGGCCUCCCUGUGUAACUGUGAGCUCAUUUGUGACCGAGAUUGUAAUUAUCAACAAUCAUGUUCUGUACUUGGUUUCUUUUUUUGUUAAUGAAAUUAAUAGUCAUAGCUCUUUGCAGUA